AUGUCUUCCGACAAGUUACCGUCGAGAGAACGGCGGCCGUCUGUUGGGGCCCCAGUUGUUGACGUUCAGGGCUCGGUGGUUCCCGCCGGCAUCUCACGACCCAAACACAAGCGCACCCUUACCGGCUUUGGUGCCGGGGAAAUCAAGCAUGUUGAAGCCUCAAUCCCCGAACCCCAGCGCGCGGCCUGGACAAAGCACCAGGUCGGCGGAUUCAAGGACAAGGAUGCCUUCGAGAGCGAGGUGGUGCGUCACGUUGAGACGACGCUGGCGCGCAGUCUGUACAACUGCGAUGAGACAGCCGCCUACUCGGCCACAGCCCUUGCGUUCCGGGACCGCCUCAUCCUUGAGUGGAAUCGCACACAGCAGCGCCAAACCUUUUCCGACAGCAAGCGGGUUUACUACCUGAGUCUGGAAUUCCUGAUGGGCCGCGCCUUGGACAAUGCGAUGCUGAAUGUGGAACAAAAGGAUUUGGCCAAGGAUGGUCUCGCCGAACUUGGUUUUCGCGUCGAGGACGUCAUCCAACAGGAGCACGACGCUGCCCUAGGCAACGGCGGUUUGGGACGCCUGGCCGCCUGUUUCCUGGAUAGUCUUGCUAGUCUAAACUACCCUGCCUGGGGCUACGGCUUGCGAUACCGCUACGGUAUCUUCAAGCAGGAAAUCAUCGAUGGCUAUCAGGUUGAGGUGCCUGACUACUGGCUCGAUUUCAACCCCUGGGAGUUCCCCAGGCACGACGUUACCGUCGACAUCCAAUUUUACGGUAAGGUUUUGACAGAAACCAACGACAAAGGCAACGCAAUCAGUCAGUGGGAGGGCGGCGAGACGGUCAAGGCCGUUGCCUACGACGUGCCCAUCCCCGGAUACGCCACGCCAACCACGAACAACCUGAGGCUGUGGUCCAGCAAAGCGGCCAGCGGCGAGUUCGACUUCCAAAAGUUCAACAGUGGAGAGUACGAGAGCUCCGUUGCCGACCAGCAGCGCGCCGAGACCAUCAGCGCCGUGCUCUACCCUAACGAUAAUCUCGACCGGGGUAAGGAGCUGCGCCUGAAGCAGCAGUACUUCUGGGUUGCUGCUUCGCUGUACGACAUCGUCCGCCGGUUCAAGAAGACGAGGCGCCCUUGGAGGGAGUUCCCCGACCAGGUGGCUAUCCAGUUGAACGACACCCACCCGACACUGGCCAUCGUGGAGCUCCAGCGCAUCCUGAUCGACCUCGAGGGCCUUGAGUGGGAUGAGGCUUGGAAUAUCGUUGUUAACACCUUCGGUUACACCAACCACACCGUGCUUCCGGAGGCCCUCGAGAAGUGGUCCGUUCCGCUGAUCGAGAACCUGCUUCCUCGCCAUCUCCAGAUUAUCUACGACAUCAACCUCUACUUCCUCCAGACGGUCGAGCGCGAUUUCCCCGGCGACAGUGACCUCCUGCGCGACGUUUCAAUUGUCGAAGAGUCCGAGCCUAAGAUGAUCCGUAUGGCUUACCUCGCCAUUGUCGGCUCGCACAAGGUGAACGGUGUCGCUGAGCUGCACUCGGAGCUCAUUAGGACCACUAUCUUCAAGGACUUCGUCCGUAUCUUUGGCCCCGACAAGUUUACCAACGUGACCAAUGGCAUCACCCCGCGCCGCUGGCUUCACCAGGCCAACCCCCGUUUGUCAGAGCUGAUCGCCAGCAAGACGGGCGGUCACGGCUUCCUGAAAGACUUGACGGCCCUCAACAAACUCGAGCUGUACAUCGAUGACAAAGACUUCCGCAAGGAGUGGGCUGAGAUCAAGUAUGCCAACAAGGUGCGCCUGGCUAAGCACAUCAAGGCGACUACCGGCGUUACUGUCAACCCGGCCGCGCUCUUUGACGUGCAGGUUAAGCGUAUCCACGAGUACAAGCGCCAACAGAUGAACAUUUUUGGGGCCAUCCACCGCUAUCUGGAACUCAAGGCCAUGUCGCCCGAGCAACGCCAAAAGCAGAUGCGGCGCGUGUCCAUCUUUGGCGGCAAGGCUGCCCCGGGCUACUGGAUGGCCAAGCAGAUCAUCCAUCUCAUCAACAGCGUCGGCGCCGUAGUCAACAACGACAAGGAUAUUGGGGAUCUUCUCAAGGUGGUCUUCUUGGAAGACUAUAACGUCAGCAAGGCCGAGAUGAUCGUUCCAGCGUCGGAUAUCAGCGAGCACAUCUCGACUGCCGGCACCGAGGCAUCCGGGACUAGCAACAUGAAGUUUGUGCUCAACGGCGGCCUAAUCAUCGGAACCUGCGAUGGAGCCAACAUUGAAAUCACACGUGAGGUCAGCCAAGACAAUAUCUUCCUCUUCGGCCACCUCUCGGAAGAAGUCGAUGAUCUCCGGUACGCCCACCACUCUGGCGACCAUGUGGUGGACCCGAAGCUAGUGGGCGUCUUCGAGGAGAUCGAGAAUGGCCGGUUCGGCAAUCCUAAGGACUUUUCCGACUUGAUCUCGGCGGUCCGCGACCACGGAGACUACUACCUGGUCUCGGACGACUUCUCGAGCUACGUCGACUCGCACGCCGCUGUGGACGAGGCGUACCGCGACCAGGAAGGCUGGAUCACCAAGUGCAUCACAAGCGUCUCGCGCAUGGGCUUCUUCAGCUCCGAUAGGUGCAUCAAUGAGUAUGCCGAGGGUAUCUGGAAUGUAGAGCCGCUGGAUACCACAAAGGACAAGACGGCCUAG